GCAAUCUCAAUUGACAUGUGUCGAUCCUACGAUCAUCUUUGCCAUCUAUAUCGAUGGCAUAUGUACGAGAUGUCAACGUUUAAAGGUACUGAGGUAUCUCCUUAUCUAAAUAUGAUAUGCUGCGUGAUAAGAUUCGUGGCUUAAAUGAGAAGGAGAACUUUGCAAUGAUUGAUUUUAAUAAGUAUAAUUGAAAUUAAUAAUUGUGGAAAAUCAUGUAAAGUGAUACCGAAGGAUAAUAUUACAUAGUUUAUUUAGUUGUAAAGUGUAUUACGAUAUAAGUAACAAUGGGUUCCAUCGCUCUAGAAGAGUACGAGUUAAUGAAAGACUCGAAAUAUCGAGUCUAUGUGAAUGCUGUUGAUAAGGCUCUAAAAAGUUUUGAAUAUACGAGUGAAUGGGCAGAUCUAAUUUCUGCAUUAGGAAAACUUAACAAGGUGUUGCUAAGUCAUAUGAAGUUUCCUGUUAUUCCAAGGAGAAUUAAAAUAUCAAAGAGACUAGCCCAAUGCAUGCAUCCAGCAUUACCAUCUGGUGUUCAUUUGAAAGCUUUAGAAACAUAUGACAUUAUCUUUAAGUGUAUGGGUACUAAUAGACUCAGUCAUGAGCUAUUCAUCUAUAGCGCAGGACUGUUUCCAUUAUUGGGUCAUGCUGCUAUGAAUGUCAGACCAUCAUUAUUAACAGUAUAUGAAACACAUUUUGUGCCACUUGGCGAAAGGUUGAGGCCAGGAUUAAGCGGUUUUUUAAGCGGUGUCCUUUUAGGUUUAGAAGAUGGAUCUGAUCAUUUUGACAGAACAAAUUCUUUACUGGAGAAAGUGUGCGAUGGCGUGGGUGCAGAACAUUUUUAUGCAUGUCUCUGGGAUUGCUUAGCUUCAAAUUCUGGCAUUCGCCUGCCUGCUAUAUCAUUUGUGUUAGCACACUUCAACAAGAAAUUGCCAAUGGAAGAACAGAGAUAUAUUAUGGGUACUAAUAUUAAAAUUAUGGUAUCAGCCUUAUGUGCAGGAGUACAAGACACUUCGGUGCUAGUGCAAAGAAGUGCACUAGAUUUUCUAUUAAUAGGUUUUCCUAUACAUAACAGUCAAUUGACGCAUCAAGAUAUGAUAUUAUUAAUCAAAGCUGCUCUAGUUACUAUAUUGCGAAGAGAUAUGAGCUUAAACAGGCGUUUGUUUGCCUGGUUAUUGGGUACUGAAGUAAGUACAUCAAUUUUAAAGAAGAAUCAUAUAACUGUGGACAUUAAGGAGGAUUCUGUAACAUAUUUUGAUAUGUAUUCGAAAAAAAUGCUAGUCGAAGCAAUAAAAUACCUGCUUAAAGAAGUUUGUGAAGAAAAUUCGCAGGAUUUGAAGCCAUAUAGAAUACUUGUUUCAUUACUUGAUAAGGUGGAUAUCGGACCAGUAAUUUUGGACGAUAUUCUAUUCGAAGUGUUUAGGACAUUUUAUAAUGCCUGUAAACAGUCUGCACUGAAUCAUAUACCAAAAACAAAUGAAGUAGUGAAAUCUGCGAAUCUCUUAUUUUCGACUUUAGAACCAUCGUACAUUUGGAUACAUUGUGGACAUCUAUUCGAGAAAGCCUGCAACACAAGAGCAAAGGCACAAGUUACCAUAGAAGAUGUUGUAAAAACGGUUGGCAGUGGAAUGCCAAAUUUAGUGGAAGUAUGCAUAUUAACGGAAUUCUUACUCGAAACAGUGUCAUUGGACGCAUUCAUAGAUACUCCGUCUGAGCAUCUCCCUGGUUUAUUUUAUGAAAUAACCAGCAAACUUUUGCAUCAUAUUAAUAUUUUGUCUUCAGUGGAGAUCUCGAAAAGUCUCAAAUUGUGCGCCAAGAUCUUGUCAAAGGUACAACCAACAAUGAUAACGACUCAUGCAGACAAGUACGAGGUAGAUACCAAAGUGGACACUUCUCUGAAUAAUAUUACAGUUCCUAGCGACAAUUCCCUGACCACGAUUCCUUUGGAAAAAAGUCAGUCGGAUAGUAAGUUGAAUAAGCCCGAUAUAUCCGGUACCUCUUUCGCGGAAAAAAGCCCGAGUACGAGAAGAAGAGCUAAUUCUGGUGGCGCUACUAAAAGGAACGAGAAAAAAUCGAAGAAGAAGGGGAGUAAGAGUACUUCCAAGUUAACUGACACGUACACCAUACAAGCUGAUGGUACUAACAUAUCGGUCGUGGUGAGUGAGGAUGCGAAAUCUUUACCGAGAAAUAAAAGCAUGGACGAUAUUAAAACGAGCUGCGUCGAUACCGAUAGAAUAAGCUCCUCUUCCUCGAACAAUAAACUGUCCACCAUGUCAAAGCAUUUGACGAAUGUCAGUCCAAUGGGAUCGACAGGAUCCUUAUGUAGGGGACCAUCUCCGGCAUUUCAGGCACAGCAUUCUAUGUUAGAAAAGUGCCUCCGUCAAUAUGAAAUAUUUUAUGUCAAGUUAAUUAGCAAUCGAAUUCUUAGCAAGGAAAGAACAGUGCAAGAUAUGUUUAAUCACUUGGUGAUAUCUUGCCCGAGAAAGAGUUUCGAUGAGAGAAUGCGUUGCUUAGAACUUCUGCUGAAUUCCAGAUUGAACACAGAGGACUCUGGGUUCUUUAGUCAAGAUGCAUCUGUAACCGAGGAUACCAAGUGCCUGGAUAUUUUUCACCUGUUCCUCGAUAUCGCAACACAUUCAGAAUGGAACGAGGCCAUGAAAAUAGCGUCUAGUUUGUUCGUGGAGUUGUCUACAUUUCCAAAAUACUUUUUGCCCGGCGACGAUGUACUCGUGGAGGAAGAACCCAAGUUCGAACAUGUUCUUCCGGAUUGGUUGAAAGUUUUAAUAGUCUGUUCCUGCUGGUUACAGAAGCAACCGGCAUUACAAUUAACGAGUAUUGCCACAUUAUUAGACUUGGUGGCAUUAUUGAAAGCGCAUAACGACGUCGAAACGCAUCCAAAAAGCGGAGAAGGCGUGACGACGGUGAUUAUGGUGCCGUUAUUGAAGCAAUGGCACAUAACUUACUUGAUGCAAUAUACUAAUGUAUUUCAGGUAUUGGCACAUUCCUUGUGGCAUCAUUUGGGCGAACUUCCUGCCCAUAAGUUUAGAAUGCGUUGCGUGGAGCUAUUGCACGAAUUGCAUCACGCUUUAUACAAUUCUUGCGACGCGGUCGAGGAUCUAAUAGGAUCUGCACUCACGUCCGAGAAUCCUGAAAAGAAAAUCGAAGCAUUCGGUAGAUUUGCUACUUUGUGGCAUCUAGGACGAGAAAUUGAAACGAAUCCAAGGCUGCGCGGCUGUCUUAAAAUUUUCGAUCAAUCCUUACUAAAAAUGUUGGACAAUCUUCAACUUGCGGACAACUCGCCGUUAAAAUUAUUAGCUCAAUCGUGGCUACUACAUUCCUUGAUGCGCGGCGACAUAUCGCGUGUCAUAGAUCCCUUGCUGACAAUACUUUUAGAUCCAUCCACAUGCCGUAUGAGCGUCCUCCAUGUGAGUAUACAACACAGUAAUACCGUCCUAACGAAGAACGACCCGGUGGAGGAAAAAUCGGAAGUUCAGGAUGACACGGAAGGUGCCGCGAAAAUCUACGCGAUUAGUUCAGUUGACGGCAAUGUGAUAUAUCACGUGAGCGAUAACGUGGAUGAGGAUAAAAAAUGGAAGAAAGGCAAGAAAAAGAAACAGACGAUAAAUCCUGUGAAAAUAAAACGAAUUUUCGCAGUGACAACAUUAGCGACUGGUGAUAAUUGCAAUCACUAUGUUACGGAAAGAAAUCAGUUUAUGAAGGAACUCGAGGUGCCGCCUAGCAUAUCCGGCAAUCGAAAGAUUUCUGUGUUUGUGAAUCCUCUCUCGAUCAAUUGUAAUGAAAAUUCGAACGAUUCCUUGACAGAAGACGAUUCGCUGCCCAGUAUACGUAAGACGAAUUUGACGACGGAAUUGCUUAAGAAUGCUACCCGCUUCAAAAAGAUAGAUUUCGAUAAAGGUUCUACUGCCAGUUUAGACGAGAGUCUUUUCGAAUCAGCAAACUCUAGUUUAAAGGCGAAGGAUAAGACUAGCUUCAAAAAGCUCAACGAUGACGUCGACUCGUCUCUGGAUUCUAUAACGAAUAGCUUAGAUUCAAGUAGUCCCGAAGUAACUAAUAAACAACCCAAGCAAAAGAAGGAACCUGUCGUGAUGCCAGGCAGUUCCAGGGAAAUAGCGGGCACUAUCAUAAAAGGCAAAUAUUAUAGCACGAACGAAUUUAACACGAAUUAUGAUCAUGAAAUUGGUAGUUUCGAAGCAAGCGCAGAGGUGCCCAGUUGGACGAUGGACGACGAUGAUGAAGGCGAUUUAGACGUCAGCACCACUGCGGAAGAGUAUUUUAGCAAUUCCAGCAGUACCAGUAUAGUCGAAGAAAUUCUGAAUGAGGUGCUCGAUCGCGCGAUGCUAUUGUGCGAUAUCGCCGAACCGCCGAAAAGUGAGGAAGUUCCGCAGCACCCCGCAAAAACUAAUCGAAAUGCCGGUCUGGGUGUUCACAAUCUUCACUCCCACAUGUUGCUCUAUUGCGGAGUAUACGAUUCAGCUAGAACUCUAUACGCUUUGCGUACACUUAGAAAUGAACUUUUGACAAAUACGCGAAUGUUUCUAUGUUGCGCGGCGACGACCGGUGUGUCGAAUGCGACGAAGAAUACAAUGCUGUUAAAUCUAUUGGCAAGGCAUCGAAAAAGUGUUUUCGGCAGAAACUUUCAUGGUGAUAUAGCUAACACGGAAUUUAUAGCUGCUUACAGGAGUAGUAUGUAUCUCGAAGUGCUGAUAAGCGUAUGCCUGUAUUUUGCAAGAAGUUACUAUCCAAAUCUCGGACAGAUGAGGCUUACAUAUGAGGAAAUUGCGGGUAACCGCCAGGUGCAACUAGCAAGUACAGAAUUACUAACGCUAAUAUUUUCCGAGUUAAUCCCAAUUGUUCGCGAUUCUGGGAAAGGUUUCAGUUGCUACAUAGUAGACCUGCUGACUAAAUGUAAAGUACAAAAGGUUGCUCUUCACUGUCUCGUGUCCAGUGUUAUGAGUAUGAAGAAUGCUCAUAAGGAAAAUGAAGAUGUUUUCACAUUUACCGAAGAAAUCGUAUUGUUUAAUGAUCCGUUUAUCGAUAACGACGUUAACAAAUGUAAAUAUAGAGCGAGCGAUCAUACAGAAGCUUUCCAAAUACAAUUAUUACGAUUGCUGUUAGCGUUAAUUAUGUUGGAGCAUCAGUGUAGUAGUCAGAAAGGAGAGGAAAUUAAUCCAACAACGUCAUCUAUACCAAGUUCACCGACACGAACUUCGCCAAGUUUAAUCGGGAAUAAUUUGAAAUAUAUUUCUGGAGCAGCGAUACCGCAGCAACCGAUGUUUCUCGCUAGUAUCCUUAGUGCACUGCAACUCGAUCAUAUGAGACAUCUUCAUCAACAUUGGACAACUCUUGUUACAUCCAGUCUCCCUUUUAUGGGAUCAUCUUUAACAUCUGUUGUAACAUCAGUUAUUCAUCAACUAUGCAGUAACAUUGAACAUCUAGCGUCGUAUUAUAUCAACGAGGAAACGGCGCCAAAGUUACAAGAUAUAAGCACGAUAGAAUGCUGUUUGCCUGCGGAUUACACUGUGACACAUCUCGAGGCUUUGACAUACUUGCUGCAUUAUUGUCUAUUAGAUACCUCUCAGCAAAUUGGAUUCUCGUUUAAUCAACCGCUAAGCGGUACAAUACAAACGGGAAUUCCUGGUGCUAAUCCCGGACAAAUAUUCAAUAAUCUUAUACACGUUUUUAUGCCGAGUCCACUUUCUCCGGAUUUAUCCACAGGAAAAGAUAAAACUGGCGCAAAUGAACUUCAACAACAUGCUAGAAGAACAGCAUUAAGUCAUUUACCAAGAAUAAUAGCAUCUUUAUCUGCCUUGUGGCAAGCAGUUUUAGCAACGAAAGAUAACGAACAAGCCAGUUGUGUGGUGGGUAGUCCGAGAAUAGUUAAAUAUCAAUUGUUAGAACUCUUAUCUCCAAUCUCUUUCCACCAUGGAGCCAACUUUUUAGCUGCAGUCGCAGUUGCUUGGCACGAAAGGCGCCAACCGUCCGCCGCAUCAAAGAAGAUACUUCCAGAAGCCUGUCCUAAUCAACAAGUAAUGGUUCAUUUGGUUAGCGCUAUUCGCGUUAUGCCGAUUGACACUUUGGUGCAUACCGUACAUCAGGUAGUGAAGACACCACCACCGAUACACGGAAUCAAACAGGAUUUCUCACUAGAAGUCUCAGUAUUGGAAUUACUUUAUAUAUAUAUGCAGAGCAACACAUCACAGUCACUUAUCGAAUCUUGGGCAUCCCUACUCAGUUUAUUGAAAGAUGGUCUAUCGCUAACAGCACCUGCUCAAUUUCUCUUGCUAGCUAUACUGAACGAAUAUGUACAAAAGUGCCCGCCUAUGCAAGAGAAGAAAGAUAUCAAAGACUUGCAAGAUGUGUCAGCAAAAUUGAUAGAAUCAUGUUCGCAAAUAGCUGGCGCAUGUCUAGAACAAACAACGUGGCUAAGAAGAAAUUUAGCUGUUCGAGAAGAUGUAUUCGAAGUGGUGGAAGGCUCUUCGGAAGGUAAAGAAGGAAAAAAUGGUGCUGUAACACCUGGAACUCCACCUAAUGCUGCGUACAGUGUUCAAGCGCAAGCAGUAUUGGCGGAAAUACUCGCACCAUUGUUGGAUGUCAGUUAUGGUUCGCAAGAAAAAGAGCGUGUGGUAACACUACUAACAAACCUCAUGUAUAAUGUUACACCUUAUUUGAAAAAUCACACUAUAAAAAAUAUCGCCUCAUUCACCGCAUGUUCCCAAUUAUUGGCUUCUUUGUCGGGAUAUCAAUACACCAGGAAAGCAUGGCGUAAAGAUGUUUUAGACUUAUUACUUGACCAAGCUUUCUUCCAAAUGACACCGUCCUGUCUGCCAUAUUGGAGAACUAUAAUAGACAAUUUGAUGACGCAUGAUAAUACUACUUUCAGAGAUUUAAUGAAUCGCGUGUCUAUGGCUCAAGGCAGCGGGAUCAGUAUAUUUUCUUCAAAGGAACAAGAGUAUGAGCAGAAAGCACAACUCUUAAAGCGAUUGGCGUUUGUCAUCCUUUGCAGCGAGAUGGAUCAGUAUCAUAAAUAUAUGCCAGAGAUACAAGAACGUUUAGCAGAUAGUCUACGCCUACCUCAAGUAAUUCCAUCUAUCCAGGCACAAGUAUUUCUAUGUUUUCGCGUGUUGCUAUUAAGAAUGUCACCGCAACACGCGACAUCCUUAUGGCCAGUCAUAGUUAGCGAGCUUGUUCAAGUCUUUCUUUAUAUCGAGCAAGAAUUGAGUACGGACAGCGAAGAGUUCACCUCGCAUAUUAAAUUGCUAUCAGCCUUGGACUCAUCAUGGGCUGUUAACGCCAGCAAUGGACUUCAGGCACACGGACAUCCUCACUGGUUGCAACUGCAACUAGCUGCCGCCAAGCUGCUAGACCUCGCGUUACUGUUACCAGCGCACAGAUUACCGCAAUUUCAGAUGUAUAAAUGGGCCUUUGUUGGAGACGCAGCAGCAGGAUGUAUGGAUAACAACAAUCUAUCCUCGGACUUUGUACCACAUAUUACGAGAAUAGCGAAAUUGAUGGAUAAUAAGUUUAAACCAGAAGGUCCACCACCUAAAAGAAAUCCAGGAGAGCUUUUACUGACAUCGAAUAACGUUCGCUCUCUACAAGACUUGCAUCACUUUUUCUCGAGUCUUAGUCGCGCCACAUGCGACACGUACGUGCCGAUAAAUAAUACACAAUUGGAGACUGUAAUCGAGCAAGACUUUCUUGAAAAAAUGCCGACCAUGCCAGCGAGAUAAUAGAGAUGCGUAAGAGUACAUAAAUAAUUCGUCAAUCAGGAAGCGUAACAAAUAUAUCGUUAAAGAACUUUAUCCUUUGAUAUAUUUAU